GUAGGGAUUUCCCAUACCAUUUGGGCGCAAAGAAAAUAAUAAUAUGGCUGCUUCUCCAGAGAGACCUUCCUUUGCUUUUGACGGUGACGAGGAACCGUUGUUUGCUGAUGAUCUAGAUGAAUUUGGAGAUGAUGAUAUUGGCCUCCCUCCUGCUAUGCCCUCACUGGCUGAGCUUUCUGCCAGGCAAGACAGAGUUUCAGAGAAUAGAGCGGCAGGAACGAGGGAUAUGGGCCAAACAAGCGUGCCUGGAUUUGAUCUGGGAGUUGGUACGACAGCUAAUCAGACAGGGACCAAUGAUGACGGACCUCCACUGAAGAAGAGAAAACCAAUUCUCACUCUCAAAAUAGAUCGGAUCUUCUCUGAUAAGGGUCUGAAGUACAUACAAACAGAGUUUCCCAAGCUCAAGUUUAAAGGAAAGGGACAUGAGUUGUCUGAUUUGAAACAUCUAAUGAAAGGGUAUGAACACUGGGCCAACAUGCUCUACCCCAAAAUGACCUUCAGUGAUGUUACAGAUAGAAUUGAAGCUUUAGCUAAGAAGAGAGAAUUCAAGACUAACCUCAUUCGAAUGCGAAGGAGACAGGUGAGAGGUGGGGCCGAGACCCCUCCUCUGUCAGACAAUGAAGAUCUUGAUGAUCAUCCAACAGUACCUCCCAAUGGCCCUCAAGAUGACCCACCUCCCGACAAUCAGUCAGCCACUGUCACACUAUCCCCCACUCAAGACAACAUCCCCACUUCUCCACAUUCAGUAUCCAAUAAAAACGCACCAGCUACGAGUGACAAUGCAGCUUUUGAAUUUGAUUUUUGAUUCUAACUUUUCAAUUUCUGCUAGGAAUUCAACUCACUAUAAUAAUCAUGUGAACUUGUGCAGGAUGUGUACUGGUGUGCCUGUAGCUCACUGGAAAUGUCCUGCGAUCUCUUUGUUCCUCCCGCUAUUAAUGUAACUGCCUAUAACAACAGUGUAUGCAAGUCUAUUGCAAUUGUACCUGAUGGCAGGAGCCAUGGGGACCUUU